CAAUAGUAACAGCCCCAACAUCUACAGCCAUAAUCAGUCGACGAGUCCACAGCAACAAGACAUUCACAAUCGCCUACAAUAUUUGCAACAACAGCAACAACAACUUCUCGUAGAACAACAGUACCUCAAUCACAUUCGUCAUUUGCAUCAUUUGCGUCAGCACUACGAGUACUAUCAUCAUCAACGUUAUCGUUUAUCGUUGCCUGUGCUGCCACGUUUUCAACUGCAAGUGCAGCAACAGCUAGUACGACCUAUACAGGCAGUGCAGCAGCAGCAGCAGCAGCAUACAGCACUAACGCUGGUGCCCACUCAGCAACAGCACCCACAGCCUUUGACGGCUUCAUCAUCUUCAUCAACAGUGCCGGUGGUGCACAACGAAGACGAGAGCGCCGUCGUUGUCGCUUCCGCUCCCGCAUCCGCACCCGCUUCCGCUACUGCAGCCUCUGCCUCUGCUUCCGCUGUCGCCGUCAUCGCCGCCUCUGGAACACCCUGCACGCAGCCGCAGCCGCAGCAACAGCAGCCGCAGGCGCAGCAGCAGCAACAACCAUUCACCCUGUUACAACACACACAAAUGUCCAAUAAGCUAAAUCCGAAACGCCGUGAAGGUCCGAUCGCUACCGGUACCGGCACACCAUCGGCCGGCAAUACAUCCUCAGCCGCUAACACAUCCUCCUCCUCUAGUUCGUCACUGUCGUCCGCUGGUGGCGGUGAUGGUGGCAUGUCUGCCGAUUUAACUUCGUUGUUCGAGUGCCCGGUGUGCUUCGAUUAUGUUUUGCCACCGAUAUUACAAUGUUCUAGCGGGCAUCUGGUAUGCGUAUCAUGUCGCUCGAAACUCACCUGCUGUCCUACAUGUCGCGGCCCAUUGGCCAACAUACGCAAUUUGGCAAUGGAAAAGGUCGCCUCCAAUGUGAAAUUUCCGUGCAAACACUCAGGUUACGGCUGUACAGCAUCGCUUGUCUACACCGAAAAGACCGAGCACGAAGAGACAUGCGAAUGUCGACCAUAUCUAUGCCCAUGUCCGGGUGCAUCGUGCAAAUGGCAAGGUCCAUUAGAUUUGGUCAUGCAACACCUAAUGAUGUCCCACAAAAGCAUCACCACGCUACAGGGGGAGGAUAUUGUCUUCCUUGCAACCGAUAUCAAUCUGCCUGGCGCUGUUGAUUGGGUUAUGAUGCAGUCAUGUUUUGGUCAUCAUUUCAUGUUGGUGCUCGAGAAGCAAGAAAAAUAUGAUGGGCAUCAGCAAUUCUUCGCCAUCGUGCAGUUGAUCGGCUCACGGAAAGAAGCCGAAAAUUUCGUGUAUCGAUUGGAGUUGAAUGGCAACCGUAGACGCCUCACCUGGGAGGCUAUGCCGCGCUCCAUACACGAAGGUGUUGCCUCUGCUAUACACAACUCGGAUUGCUUGGUGUUUGAUACAUCGAUUGCACAACUCUUUGCGGAUAAUGGCAAUCUGGGAAUAAAUGUAACAAUUUCAAUUGUCUAAAAAGGACUUACACACACAUACUUAUAUACCAACACACACUUACACAUGUAGAGAGAGAAGACAAGAACAGGAAAUAUUUGUAGAAGAUAAAGCGUGGAAAUUUAAGGGGAAAGAUAGUGCGAUAAUGAAGAGAGAGGGAAUGAGGUCACGUGGUAUUGCAAAAUGGGACUUAAUGGAAGAAAGCGACUAUUGAGCAGGGAACGAAAAAUGGCUGCAGAUAUGCAUACAUACAUACAGUUUGCAAAGAAAAUUCUUUUUUUUUUUUUUUAGAGAUUUUAGUAAAAUGUAAAAAAUA